ACUGUGGAAUAAGUUGCAAAAUUGUUCAGGGUAAGUUUUUAUCAAGAUCUCAUAAUUUUGGAAUCCCUACAGGGUGAGUCAAGGAUAGAGUAAAGUUAAUGUUAUGAGUUAUGAGAAAAUGGUAAGUAAAAAAGUUGUGGAGAUUGUUAGGAUGCACAAUAAAAAAUUAUUUUAAACUAUACAAGGGGCUCAAAAAAGCACGACGAAUUAAAUAUGCAUUUUUUUAAACGGAACACCUUAUUUUUAUUUUUAAAUUUUGUUUUGAAUUCUUUUUAAAAUUUGUCAGCGUUUUAUUACAUAAAUCUAAUAGCUUUUAAAAUAUUUUAAUUUCUCUAAAAAAUUACUAGUUUUCACACUUGCAAAAAAUUAUUAUCGCGCCCUUAUUUUUAAAGGUUGAUCACUCAAAUGUGGUCUGUGUGCGUUUGAAUUGACGUCUUGUAUGUCCGUGUGGGCGAAACAGGUGUAACAUUUUCCAAAUAAUAAUUUUUGAGACAUCGACUUUCGAGUUUAAUUGAAGCUCCGUUCGCUCUCUGUAGAAUCCUCGUAAUCGUUCCGGUUUCGAUUGUGUGUUUUUUGGUUCCGAAGUGUUUAUCUGCGCAUAUUUUUUGGUCUGUGAUCAAAUGUAAACCACCCUCGAUGAAUGCCAAUAAUGAGUAUUUGUCCUUAGUAAAUGUGCCCACGAAAAAUAUUCUGUGGUGACCGCUCAAUUUGGCAACAACGCGAACUUUAGUAUAAAAACAUCGAAUAUCAAAUAGAAAUGAGAUGAUGAUCGAAUAUUUAAUUGCGUUUCGAUCACGUUUACGCGUAAACAACUGAUAAUUCGGAUCUUUCCUUGUACACCACGCUAAUAAUCGGUGCGUGCUGUGUAUACCGAUGCAGACCCAGAAGAAUAUGAUGAGUCCAUGGCACUAUGAGAAGGGCUCCCAUAUAACUCGGUUUCAUCCCUAUCACGGUGAAAACAUAGUUUUAUCCGAAGAUGACACCGUUGCGUACAGAAGGAAAAGUUUCGCAAAUGCUGUAACCUUCAGCGAGAAGCCUUUACAGCCUGGAGAAAUUUUUCUGGUUGAAAUUGAACAAAAUGAAACAGGUUGGAGCGGGCAUAUAAGGUUAGGACUCACUCAGCUAGAUCCUUUAAGAAUGUAUGAAACAAGUUCAAUUCCUCAGUAUGCUUUGCCUGAUUUGGCAGACAUUGGUACUUCUUGGAUAUAUGGAAUUAGUAAGGCUCACAAUACUGUUUUUGUGUAUGACAAUGAGAACGGCAAACGUUACAUUAGGAGUGGAGCAAAGAAAAUCACCAGUGAAAGCAGCAUAAUAAAGACCUGUCGCGGAAUCGUGCCCGUUAGUCUCCUUAAACCCCCCAGAGUUAUGGAAGACAUCCUGCCUACAGAUAUAGGUAGUCGGAUAGGGGUUAUGUAUCUGCCUACAGACAGCAAAGAGGCCGAGAUGCAUUAUAUUAUCAACGGGGAGGAUAUGGGCGCUUGCGUAAAGAGGAUUCCAUAUAAGGAUGCCCCUUUACAUGUAGUUGUUGAUGUUUAUGGCACAACAAAAAAGGUCAGAAUAAUUCAGUUGUAUCAUGUUCCUACAUUACAAGCUGCUUGUCGUGAUGCCAUCUUGCAGCACAUCACGAAAAAGGGUGUUGCAGCUCUGCCCCUUCCCCGACUAUUGAAAGAAUACCUGCUUUAUCAGACUUAGAUGUUAUCGGUAGCAUUAAAGACUCAUUAAUCUGUUAAGGUCAAGUUUAAAAUGUCAUAAGUCCAGUUGUCAUUUAGUUAUUAAGUACAUUCCGGAAAAAAUGAAAAAACAGCUCCAAACCAACAUUACAUGUCCUCUAAUGUCCACUAAUGUCAGUCAAAAAUCAAUUUGGGAAUUAUGGUAGACUCCAAAUAGAAAUAAGAAACGCUCUGGGGCAGUUUCAUUCAUUCCUUUUUUUAGUCUUCUCAAUUUACCCAAAAUAAAUGGUUCUGCCUACUCUUAGAAGUAAGUUUUAUUGUCUCCAUGUAAAUUGUUGAUCAAUAAAUUGUUUUCC